CAAAUCCCAGUGUCUUGCCAAAAAGGAACUCAAAGCUCAAAAUCCCACUGAGUCGUAGCUUUUUGACACAAAUCCAUCUGAGAAAAGAUAUUGAUUCUCUCUCUCUCUCUCUCUCUCUCUAAGACCCUACAGAGAGAAAACGCCAUGGAUGUGAGGAAAAUAGUAAUUGUGGUCGAAGAAGUAGAAGUAUCGAGAACAGCACUUCGAUGGAGUCUCCACAAUUUGCUCCGAUACGGCGACCUGCUGACUCUCCUCCACGUCUUCUCGGCAACGAAAUCAAUGAGCAAGAAGAAAGCCAGGAUGCUUCGAUUGAAAGGUUAUCAGCUGGCUCUCUCCUUCAAGGAGAUGUGCAACUCCAAUUUCUUUAACACAAAUAUUGAGAUGAUUGUGACGGAAGGUGACCAGGAAGGGAGAAAGAUCGUAGCCAUGGUGCGAGAGAUUGGUGCAUCUUCUCUCGUCGUUGGCCUUCAUCGUCAGAGCUUUCUUUACAAUGUUUUGAGUGGCAACAGGUUGGCAUUGGCCCAUGACGACAACAUAGCGAACAGCUUGAGCUGCAGAGUACUUGCCAUCAAACAACCAGAAUUGGCACCAGUGAGGGGCAAGACCAGAGAUAUGAUGCCCCUGCUUGACGGUUCAACUACCUUGGACUUUUCCCAAAUUGAAAUUUCGGGUUUGCAGGUACCGGACAUUCCUACAAAAAUCCCAUAUCGAAUCUGUCCAAGCCCUUCUGCAAUCAUUUGGAGGUCGAGGAAAAAAAAGAGCUAUUCAAAUGAAGGUUGAUGUUCAAACUUGGAUCAUUACAAUCGUUAUUAUUGUAUCUAAAAUGCACAUAGUUUGUGAUCUAGUUUUCUCUACAACUUGGGUUCUUCUUACACAACAUCAAACCACACCGAAACACAAAAAGGGAGGAAUUGAACAGUGGAAAUUGACACCAUACAAAAUUGUUGUC